AUGGAACGUACCAACCAAGACAUGAACCCACCGGACUUGGAGCCGAUGCCUGUCAGGUUUUACUCGUCGCACCCUGACCUGCCCCCUGCUCCCUGGCCCUUCUGCCACUGGUCAUCCAGUCAUCCGCCAUCCUCUGCCACAGCUACAUCGGCCUCUAGCUGCCUCCAGCACAGCCAUGUCAGCCUCCGUCAGCUGCCCUUCAACAGCGUCUGCCUCCGUCAGCUGCAUUCCAUCGGUCUCCUCCGGGAGACCGCUUCUCUGAUCUGGCAGUGCUCCAAAAGCACCACCUUCCAUUGGCAGCGCUCAAGGCGCUACCUCAGCUUCUGGCUCCGUCAGCGGCCCUCCAGGUGCCACUCCCCAGUUCUGAGCGCUCAGAGGCGGGAAGCACACGGCAGGCAGGCGGGCCGGCCGGCCGGCCGCUGUGGAGCGGACUUGAUGCUGGAAGAGUUCAGCGUGGAGCCCAUGAAUUCAGCAGUGCUUCGAGGCUCCACCGCCCGAUUCAACGCGACGGUGCAGGGAGACUGGGAGGAGAUGACCUGGUUCGUUCAAAGCCUCCUGGUCCUCGUCAUCAGGCCUGACGCCGGCCCCGUCGAGAGAGACCAGUUCUCCGCCAGACUCUGCUCGAAUGGCAGCAUCAGCUGUGUGGAGUUCUCCAUCCGUAACGUGAGCCGAGAGCAGGCCGGGCCGGUGCACUGCACCCUGCUGGGGCCGUUAGGGACGAGGACGGCACAGCUGGAAGUACAAGAGAGUGGCACAGUCUUCAUCGAGGGAGGGAACAGGACGGCGGAUCAGGGCGACACGGUUGAGUUCCAGUGUAAAGCUUCUGCCUGGUUCCCUGCACCAAAUUUCACCUGGACCCAGAACGGUGCCAUGUUGGACUCCGGCCUGUACACCGUCAACAGCACGCCUCACGGGGACUCCUUCAACUCCACCAGCGUCCUGAGGUUCCCGGCAGACAGCAGCACCACGGUCCGAUGUCUGGUUACCGUCUCGGCACUCACAACACCCAUGUCCAGCUCCGUCUUCUUGGAAGUUUUUCCCGACUGGACGGUGCUGAUCGCCGUGGUCGUGUCCUUUGGAGGUUUUGCUCUGCUGGUUUUGCUCAUCAUCUUGAUAAUUUUCUGCUGCAGACGGAGAAAAGAAAGAAAGCCCACCUACAAUGACGAAAUGAUGAGGGCGAGGACACACAGCCAGCUCAGCCGCGUCCAGGCUCCUGGACGGAGACAAGGGAAAGUCAACACAGCCUAUGUCCCAGACGGACGCACAAGCGUGACGCCCAGUGACGUUGCGGACGGAGACUUUUUCCACCAUAGAAGCUCCGAUAUUCUGGAGAUGCCAGACAUUGUGAACAGCAGCCAUGCGGGAAACUUCACGAAGCACCGACAUGUUACCAUCGUGUGA